UUGCUUUCUAGGUUCAGAAAACAUUGUCUUAUUUGAAUUACUUUUCCGCAAAAAGUUAUUUUCUUAUUUUACAGAUGUCCUUGAAAAUCUGCAUGCUGCAGCUUACCGAAAUGCCUUGGCCAAUUCUCUGUAUUGUCCUGAUUAUAGGAUUGGAAAAGUGACACCAGAUGAGUUGCAUUACUUUGUUCAGAACCAUUUCACAAGUGCGAGAAUGGCUUUGAUUGGACUUGGUGUGAGUCACCCUGUUCUAAAGCAAGUUGCAGAACAGUUUCUCAACAUGAGGGGUGGGCUUGGUUUACCUGGUACGAAGGCCAAGUACCGUGGAGGUGAAAUCCGAGAGCAGAAUGGAGACAGUCUUGUUCACGCUGCUCUUGUAGCUGAAAGUGCUGCCACAGGAAGUGCGGAAGCAAAUGCAUUUAGUGUUCUCCAGUAUGUUCUUGGUGCCGGACCACAUGUCAAGAGGGGCAGCAAUCCCACCAGCUCUCUGUACCAGGCUGUUGCCAAGGGAGUUCACCAGCCAUUUGAUGUUUCCGCUUUUAACGCCAGUUACUCGGAUUCUGGACUCUUUGGGAUUUACACCAUCUCACAGGCUGCCGCAGCUGGAGAUGUUAUCAAGGCUGCCUAUAACCAAGUAAAAACGAUUGCUCAAGGAAACCUUUCCAAUGCAGAUGUCCAAGCUGCUAAGAACAAGCUGAAAGCUGGCUACCUAAUGUCAGUGGAGUCUUCUGAGGGGUUCCUGGAUGAAGUCGGGUCCCAGGCGCUGGGUGCGGGAUCGUACACGCCGCCAGCCACAGUCCUUCAGCAGAUAGACUCCGUAGCUGACGCUGAUGUCGUAAACGCUGCAAAGAAGUUUGUUUCGGGCCGGAAGUCAAUGGCGGCAAGUGGAAAUCUGGGCCAUACACCUUUUGUUGAUGAGUUGUAAUACUGAAACACAACUUGCAGGGAAGAGCUGAACAUGUUCUCAACCCAGAGCAGCAAACACAUGAAAGUCAAAGAUCUCUAAUAUAACAUUUU